GAGCGCAUGCGCCUUGAGAGUCGAGCCAGGUGAGGGGGCUGGGGCUGGGAUUGCCGCGUGGUUGCGCGUUCCAUCCUGCCCCACGUUCCUUAGAGCAGGGGCUAGAGUGCAGCCAGGAAGGAGGGUGUGCACACCUUUACGCGAAUGGCUGAGGCCUUCCGUGGGCAAUCACCCAGGGUAGGAUGGACGACUGCCCAGAGGACCGUUCACUGUACUGGCUGGACAGAGAAACCCAGAAGCGCCUAUGCAGGCAGGGCCAGGAGGUGCUGCAGCGGGCGCAGACGAGAGCUGUCAACUGGUGCUCACUGGCGGAAGACCUUCGGGGAGAAGGGGAGCCAAUGGGCCUGGAUACUGCAUUCAAAACAGUGAUGGAAUACAUGGAUUACGUUUCAAGUCAGUGUGGGAAGUUUCAUGCUCUGGCACCAGAAAAGGUAGCACUGAACCACGUCUGCAGAUAUCACCGAAACCAAUUGAACCCAUCACCUUACCAGUCAAGACAGGAAAAAUCUACAUCCCACGACCCUAGAGAGAGCUACCAAGUAACAAAGAUUGGCCCAGGACUAUCCAGAUUUGACCCAGGACCAUCCAAGUUUGACUCAGGUCCAUCCAGGUUUGACCCAGCAUCAUCCAGGUUUGACCCAAGACCAUCCAGGUUUGACCCAGUAUCAUCCAGGUUUGACCCAGGACCAUCCAAGUUUGGCCCAGGUCCAUCCAGGUUUGACCCAGCAUCAUCCAGGUUUGACCCAAGACCAUCCAGGUUUGACCCAGGAUCUUCCGAGUUUGACCCAGGACCAUCCAAGUUUGGCCCAGGACCAUCCAAGUUUGACCCAGGACCAUCCAAGUUUGACCCAGGACCAUCCAAGUUUGACCCAGGACCAUCCAAGUUUGGCCCAGGACCAUCCAAGUCUGUGGCCAGAACAAGUUCCAAGGACAUCACGAUAGAAGUUUAUCCGGGGACCUACGCUGUCACAGUGGGGUCCCCUGACGUAACCACAACGCACAUGGUGGAGGUUGAUUCAGGACAAAUCAUUGAUCUGAGUUUUCCCCUUUAACACUGGUCAGUGCCCUUUUUAAAAAUAGCAAAGAGAAUUCAACUAAACCACGAUGUGGUUUCUCUUAGUCAGUAUUUAUACACAAACAAUAUAUACUUGUAGUGCCAAUCAAACAGGUCAGAUCUCCUAGGAACUCUGAUCUGUCUGUCUUGGGGACUGUUUUAACCUGAAUGCUCUAACAGGGGAGAGGAAGAAGGUAUCUCUUGCCUUCCCCCAGCCUGAAUGUGAGGAAUAAUGUGCCUUAAAAAUACUUGUUUGUAAAAUUGUGAUUGUUUUCUUUUUCCCUAUAAAGUUAAUCAUGGAAAUAAA